ACACGCUGUCAAGCCGAAACGUUAAUAAUAAAAUUCUAAAGUUCUACACCGAUAUACAACCCUGUCACAUAUUUUAUUUUAAUUAGAACUUUUUAUUGUUCAAACAAAUAUAUAGUAUUUUCUUAUCAAAAAAAAAAACGGUAAACAAACAAAUUGGGUAAUCGCAGUUGACGUUAUCUCUAAACAACAUAAACAUUAAAUUAUGAACUAUGAUGGCAUAUUAGCACAAAUAACAGAUGAAAAAUUGAACGUUUAUCAAAGCCAAGCAAAUGCUGUGGAGGAGCAAGGUGCUGUUGAAGAAGAACAAGUGGCUACUAUACAAACAGUUCAGCAAUCUCCAGCAGUUCGGUCUAAGAGCAACUCAGAAAGUUCCACGCCUCAACGUAAAAUUUCUGCGUCUACUCGUUUCAUGAACGCAUUUCAACAGUUCUAUACGGCCACUUCCAAUUCAAAUUCUGCACCUGCACCUGCACCUACCACACACAUUGAGAACAAUGAUAGCGAUACAGCAACCCUUGGUAGCAACCGUACACCUACUAAAAGUGGUACUAUGGAAUCAAAAUUGUUAUCGAUGUGGCAUAAUGUAAAAUAUGGUUGGAGUGGAAAACUGAAAUCGAAUUUUUCAAAAGAGCAGCCGGUCUGGCUUUUAGGACGUUGUUACCAUCGUAAAUAUACUCCACCUGCGUCACUGGAAACAUCUGCUGAUCUAACGAAUUGCAUUACAUCAACUGCAAAUGAUGCUAUUAUAUUAGAUGGUACUACAACGCUUAGCUUUGAUGGCAAUAUAUGUGAAAGUAUGCAACCAAACGUUUCAUCACUCUAUCCAGUUCUUAAUCCACAACAUAUUGAUGAAAUUGUAGUACCACAAGAAUUAGGAAUGGAUGCAGCUGAAAAUCAAGGAGCCGAUAUACAGUGGGAAGAGAGUAUUGAAGGAUUUCGCCGUGAUUUUUAUAGCAGAAUUUGGAUGACUUAUCGACGAGAGUUUCAAACAAUGAAUGGUUCCAACUAUACAUCUGAUUGUGGAUGGGGUUGCAUGUUACGAAGUGGUCAAAUGCUGUUGGCUCAAGGAUUAGUUUGUCAUUUUCUUGGAAGAAGUUGGCGAUAUAACGCUGAUACUCAGUUGCAUUCAACUUACGAGGAUAUCACACAUAAAAAAAUAAUUAAAUGGUUCGGAGAUAGUUCUUCAAAAAAUAGUCCAUUUUCCAUACAUACACUAGUACGUCUAGGAGAGGAAAUGGGUAAGAAACCAGGCGAUUGGUAUGGUCCUGCAUCAGUGUCUUAUUUGUUAAGGCGUGCCUUAAAAACUGCUGCUCAAGAAAAUGCUGAUUUCGACAACAUUAAUAUUUAUGUGGCUCGCGAUUGCACAAUUUAUAUUCAAGACAUUGAGGAUGAAUGUCGAAUACCGGAACCAACACCACAGUUCGUGCCAUGGCAAAUGGCUCGCAAAAUUCCUAAACAGGAAAGAAAGAUGUGGAAGUCACUUAUAAUUCUAAUACCAUUAAGACUUGGCACGGAAAAAAUAAAUCCGGUAUACGCACACUGUUUAAAGCUAUUACUAAGUACAGAAUACUGCAUUGGAAUUAUUGGAGGAAGGCCGAAACACUCGUUAUAUUUUGUUGGAUUUCAAGAGGAUAAGCUUAUACAUCUGGAUCCGCAUUACUGUCAAGAAAUGGUAGAUGUGAAUAUGGAGAACUUUCCACUGCACACGUUUCAUUGCAAAUCACCACGAAAACUAAAAACAUCCAAAAUGGAUCCCAGCUGCUGUAUAGGUUUCUAUAUUCCAACAAAAAAUGACUUUGAUCAGUUUGUGGAAAGCGUACAAUUGUAUUUACAUCCAAUGCGUUGUGCUUCUGGAACUAUUGAUAAGAUUAUUCCACCAGCACAACAACUGCCUUGUAUGGCAACUAGUUACGACGGCAGCACUGCAGCUACACAAUUUGCUGAAAUGAAUUAUCCACUUUUUAGCUUCUCAAGAGGCCGAUGUUUGGAUCACGAAACAGAUGAAAUGAGUGAUUCCCUAUAUAAACCUGUACAGGAGCAGAUGGCACAAGUGUGUCAAGAUAAAUAUUUAACCGAUGAUGAGGAUGGUGAAACAGAAGAGUUCGUUUUAUUAUAAAGCAAUUGAGUUUACAAGAAUUUCGAAUAAUUCAACUAUGAUGGCUUAAUUCUUUUUUUUUUAAUGAAACAUCCUUUUUUACAUUUUACAUAUAUUUUUUUCACAUUUAUUAUUAAUGGUAAAAUUGUACAAAUAAUUUGACAGAUAGUUUUAUUAUCGCCUAUUUCACAACUACAGAAAAAGUUUAGUUUAUUUCGGUUUUUAGUAACUAAAUGUACCCUUAGUUAAACGAUCCUUUUUGGGUCUUAAUUACUUUAAUAUUAAUAAACUCGUUCCUUUUUCGCUUUAAGCUUGCAUAUUUUCAUAACUGCAGCCAUCGCAAAGCAAAAAGUUGUCUUUGUCAAUGGAAUUACUUAAUUUUCAAAUUAUUUAAUAUUCAAACAUUUAUAAUCUAAAUACACACAUAUGUAAAUGUAGUUCGGAAUCAAUGCUUCUAUUAUAAAAGUAUAUUAUACAAAUACACAUUUCUGCUGUAAUUUUUGCCAGUAAUUUAAAAUAUUGAUCAGAAAAAUUGUUUCAAAAUUUGUCUUACAUUAAAAUGUGAUGAUCAUUUAAUUACAUGCCACAUAUAUGAUAAUUUAUUAAGAAAAUAAUUAAUUUUUUUUUCUUUCAUUUUUAUAUUUAUAAUGCCUUGAUUUACAUUUAAAUAUUUAGUUUUAUUUUAGGAAUCCAUAUUUUAUGUGAUAAUAAAUAUCAUCUGAUGUACAUAAAAUAUACUUGUAAGAACAAUGAUUAUU